AUGGCGAAUAUCUUCCACUCAGCCUACAACACGACCGGACGUGGUCGACAGCCGCAGAACCGCGCCAGGGGAGCCUGGCAGGAUGGCUCCGAGGAACAGGACCAAGACGGGGAGCUGUUGCAAAUGGUGGCGAGGGCGGUGAUCAUGCAGGGCGACUCGAUCAAUGUCAUUCGCCGAGCAACAGGCUGGGUCUUCUGGGUCCGAUCCGGGGACCACUCGAUCCUGCCGAUGCUGGCGGAGCUGGCCACGAAGUGGCACGAUGCGGCCCAGGCGGAGACCAUCUCUCCGGCUCGUGUGUCUCUCCGGGUGGCACUGUUCUGGGGGAUCAUCGCGCAUCUCAAGGACAGGCACGCGCAGAUGAACCAGGAGAACAAGGCCUUUGCUCUCAAGAGUGGCUGGAUGACGGAGACGGGCGCAUGGAACUACCAACGGUGGAACCCUUCGCAUCAGUCCCUGGAAGUGGACCCGGAGAGACCGGCACUCACGCAGGCUCAAGCCCAGGAGUCCCUGGAGCUCCUCCUCAAAUUGAUCAACGGGGAUACAAUCACCCGUUUCACGGCCAGGAGAGAGCUACAUGCCGACAUGCAGGGCACCGUGGCUUUCCAGGCGGAUGUGGGUCUGCGAGCCAAGGGCUCCGAGGAGCUGUACCAGCAGCUGGAGCUUCUCCGCGGAUUGGCGCUGUUCCAGAUCAUCGGCACCUCCUUCCGUCAGGAGGGGUACGGGCGCCCGCCCUUGAUCCGAGCCAUCCAGAAACUCCUUCGCUGA